AUUUCAUCGCUAUGCCAUUCGACUUCAAAUGUUAAUGAUGAUCCUGAUUGAUUUACCGCUGAAUUAAGACAGCAAUCGUGGUGCUGGACCUUCUGGUUUGUCUUCCACUUUCCAAUCGUGGCCACUCAUGGCCUUGACUCUCUGCUCCGAGUCUACGGGCAAUUCCCAGGACGGCAGACUCUGAGUAAUCUUUUAUAUCUUCUUUGCGAGAAAUAAUCUGGGGAGUAAGCAAGUGUGAACUUGAAGAAAACCCAAUUACUAGCCAAAAUGCCAGAUUACUUCUACUCCAUCUUCUUCUUCCUCUUCUUCUUCAUUGUCCUGAGUGAUGCUGAGUCUAAGUCACAUCUGUAUGAUCAAGAACAUGAAGUCCUGCUGAAUAUAAAACAACACUUCUAUCCAUUCCUCAACCAGUGGGCCCCACCGAAUUCCUCUCAUUGUUCUUGGCUUGGGAUCAACUGCGGCCCUGAUAACUCUGUCACAAAACUAGAUUUUGGUGGCUUGAACAUCACCAAAACAGUACCACCUUUCAUCUGUGACCUCAAAAAUCUCACCUUUAUUGAUUUCCAGCUUAAUUAUUUUGGUGGGGAGUUCCCGAAAUCUCUCUACGACUGCUCCAAGCUUCAGCACCUUGACCUCAACCAGAACAACUUUGUGGGUCUGAUUCCAAACGAUAUUGACCGAUUGGCCGACCUGCAAUUCCUUAAUCUCGGUUCUAACUAUUUCUCCGGCGACAUUCCGGCGAGCAUAGGAAGGUUGAAGGAGCUGAGAAAUCUUCAGCUUAACUUUUGUGAUUUUAACGGCAGUAUCCCGGAUGAAAUAGGCGACUUGUCCAAUCUUGAAUUUUUGUCCCUGGGUCAGAACAACGCUCUGCCUCCUACACAAUUUCCUCAAAGCUUCACCCAACUGAAAAAAUUGAAGACGCUUUGGAUGUCCUCUAUGAAUUUGAUUGGGAAAAUUCCAGAAAGUUUCGGAGAAAUGAUGAGUUUGGAGGAAUUGGAUUUAUCGCAGAAUCAAUUGAGUGGGCAUAUUCCCAGUGGCUUGUUUACUCUGAAGAAUCUAAACAAAUUGUUUCUUUGGAAAAAUAAGCUAUCUGGAGAAAUACCUACAGAAAUUGAAGCUUUGAAUCUAACAAUACUCGAUGUUUCAAGGAAUAAUCUUACUGGAAAAAUACCAGAUGGUUUAGGGAAGCUCAAGAACCUAACGGGUUUGAGUUUGGAUAUGAAUCAACUAUCAGGAGAGAUCCCUGAAAGCCUUUCUCAUCUACCAGCUCUAGUAGACUUCAUGGUUUUUCAAAACUAUCUAUCAGGUAGUCUUCCUCCUUACUUCGGUCGUUAUUCACCACUUGAGACCUUUCAGGUUGCAACCAAUAGAUUGACAGGAAAAUUGCCAGAUGAUUUAUGCUAUAAUGGCAAGUUAGUUGGAAUAAGUGCCUCUGACAACAAUCUAAGCGGGGAGCUGUCAGGAUCACUGGGGAGCUGCAAUAGCUUGGAACACUUAUUUCUGGAAAAUAAUAGUUUUUCCGGCAAAAUCCCUGGCGGCCUAUGGACGUCUUACAAUUUGAAGACUUUAAUGAUCAACGACAACAAGUUCACUGGAGAGCUACCUCAAAGUUUGGCUUGGAAUCUUUCUCGUUUGUCCAUUGGUAACAAUCAAUUUUCUGGUAGAAUUCCAGUAGGAGUAUAUGCCUGGAAGAAUCUGAUUGUGUUUGACGCUAGUAAGAAUCUCUUCAAUGGAAGUAUUCCAAAAGAGCUAACAACUCUUUCCAAGCUAACAAAAUUGCUGCUUGAUCAGAAUCAACUAACAGGGCAACUUCCUUCAGAAAUCAUAUCUUGGAAAUCUCUUACAGCUCUAGAUUUGAGCCACAAUCAACUUUCUGGACAAAUUCCCAAUUCAAUGGAUCGUUUACCUGUCCUUGCAGAAUUAUACUUGUCAGAUAAUAAACUCUCUGGUCAUAUUCCACCUCAACUAGGUAAAUUGUCAAUGACCCUCACAAACCUCAAUCUCUCCUCUAAUCUUCUCACAGGGAAGAUUCCUAGGGAAUUUGAAAACCUUGUUUAUUCCAACAGCUUUCUAAACAAUUCUGGUCUCUGUGCUGAUACAAAAAAGCUAAAGCUUCCCUCAUGCAAUUCGGGUUCUAGCCUUCAAAGGUUAAGCAAGAGGUCAUCUGUAUCUCUUGCUUUGAUCAUAGUCCUAGUACUGGUAGCCUCUUUAGCGGCUUUCUUGGUAUUACUCUUGAUUUUUAGAGUAUACAAAUCAAGAAAGCAGGAAUUGGAUACUUCCUGGAAGCUCACUUCCUUUCACAGGCUAAGUUUCACUGAAACAAACAUUGUGUCAUCGAUGACGGAUCAUAAUAUUAUAGGCAGAGGUGGGUAUGGUACAGUACACCAAGUUCAUGUCGAUGAUUUUGGUUAUGUUGCUGUGAAGAAGAUAUUGAAUAACAAAAAGUUGGGGAAGAAACUUGAGAAUGCAUUCCUUGCUGAAGUUAAGAUUUUGAGCAAUAUUCGACACAACAAUAUUGUAAAGCUUCUGUGUUGUAUUUCAAGUGAGGAUUCUCUACUGCUUGUGUAUGAAUAUUUGGAAAACCAUAGCCUCGAUCAAUGGUUGAACAAGAAGAAUAGGUCUGACCAUAAUUUUGUUCUUGAUUGGCCAAAAAGAUUACAGAUAGCCAUCGGAGCUGCCCAAGGUUUGACCUAUAUGCACCAUGAUUGCUUCCCACCUGUUGUUCAUCGUGAUAUUAAAACAAGUAACAUCCUUUUGGAUUCCGAGUUCAAUGCAAAAGUUGCAGACUUUGGUCUAGCAAGAAUACUGAUAAAGCCGAGUGAACUCACUAUGUCAGUUGUCGCAGGAUCCUUUGGCUACAUUGCUCCAGAAUACAUUCAAACCACAAAAAUCAAUGAAAAGAUCGAUGUGUAUAGCUUUGGGGUGGUGUUACUAGAACUGACAACUGGAAAAGAAGCAAAUCGUGGAGAUGAACAUUCAUCUCUCGCGGAAUGGGCAUGGCGUCACGUGCAAUUGGGUGGAGAUGUAGAAGAAGUUCUAGACGAAGAAAUUAAGGAAGCAUGUUAUAUGGAUCAAAUAAGCUGUGUCUUCAAACUUGGGCUGAUGUGUACUGCAAUACUGCCAGCUAGUAGGCCUUCCAUGAUGGAGGUUCUGCAGCUACUGCUUCGUUGUAGAGACCCCUUUGGUUAUGGAGAAAGGAAUGUUGGGAUCUGUGAUGGUGUUCCUCUCCUGAAGAAUUCCAAAAGGGAAAGUAUAUUGGAUAUUGAUGAUGAUUUAUAGCGUCAAUGGGGCUUGCAGGUGAAGUAAAUCCUUUCAGAUAAUACAGGAAGAAGACAAACAACAUGGUCUUCAACAAAUUGAGAAUCUGGGGUCGAUGGACAAUAAAGGGCAAUUGAUUAAGUCAAGGUCUGACUUGAGAGCAAGGUAUGAUGAGACUGGUGAGCUAUGAAUAGCUCAGGCUUUCAAGGAAGAGAGAAGUGAGAAAUAAUUUUUGUUCUUUUAAGAGAGAAGUGACAACAAAGCUUGUUUUGUAACUGAAGUUGUAUAAUAAUGUCACAAUAAAGCAGUUAUUUUGACAUGUGAAACAAA